UUGCACAUCGCAUAACACGACAAGACGAGGAGGAAGAAAGAGCGUUGGAUUCAUGUCACGCAGGCUGAGGUCAGUUGGCCGUCGAGCACCGCUUCCCACAAUGUCAUGCAUUUUAUGUCUCUCUUAACCUGGGGUUUAGCAAGAGUGCCGACUUCACUGUGAUGCCUGCUAUUCUUCUUGGGCCGGAUCUGAAUUGUUGGAGAAAAAUUUGAAUGUGAAAUAUGAAGACUCUGAUGGUGUUUGAUUUUGACCACACUGUGGUCGAUGAGAACAGUGAUACUUGGGUGGUCAGCGGAUCUUUUGUUUUCUGUGCUUUCAGAUGCCUUCCAGAUCAGAGCCUUCCGGACUCUGUGAAGCAUUCCUACAGAAAAGGACACUGGACCGAGUUCAUGGGCAGAGUGAUGAACUACAUAGGAGACCAGGAGGUCAGCCCCGACAGGGUCCGAAGGGUGAUGGAGACCAUACCCUUCACAGCUGGAAUGACAGACUUGCUGACGUUCAUAUCCCAGAAUAAAAGCACCAUUGACUGCAUAGUCAUCUCUGACUCCAACACCAUGUUCAUAGGCUGGAUCCUCCAUGCAGCCGGGCUCCAGGCAGCUGUCGACCAGGUUUUCACCAACCCGGCUAAAUUCAAUGAGCUCGGCUACAUGGAGGUCCAGUGCCACCACUCUCAUGAGUGCGGUCGAUGCCCCAUCAACCUCUGUAAGAAAAAAGUCCUGGAGCUUUACCUGUCCGAGCAGGCUAAUGGAGGAGUGGAGUAUGAGCGUAUAUUUUACGUGGGAGACGGUGGGAAUGAUCUCUGCCCUACUUCCUGUCUGAGAGGGCGUGACGUUGUGAUGCCCAGGAGGGGGUACACCCUGGAGAAACUGCUAGCCAAACUGGACGGUCAGGAAGAUGAAACCUCUCUGAGAGCCAGAGUGCUUGCCUGGAGCAGCGGCGCUGACAUCCUCCAGGAACUGAAAGCAAGUAUGCAGUCAGAGGCGGUGCCCGUGGAGUACGAUACUUGAUUUACUUCUCAGUUGUGACUGAAAUAUUGCACUUGACAGUACUCACUGUUUUAAAAGUACUGUUACAAUCAAGGAUUUGUCUUCUACUGAGAGGUGGAGGUCGGGAAGGCAGGCGUCUGAGCUCAAUUACAAUGCAAAUACAUUACAAAUACAUUGUUUACAUGUGAGUAUAUGUUGGACACAGGAUCCUAAUUCAGCUGUUAUACUUAGUAUUUUCUUUUCAAAAUCUGAAUUGUUGUCUGGGCUCUGAUCCAAGAAGCAGGGAAGUACUGUGGAAACAGGGACUAGCAGGCUGACUGGAUCUGAUGAAGUGAAAUUCACGGAAACCUUGGUUUUCACACUUUGAGAACAGGGUUUACAGAAAAAGCCUCUGUUGGAGACAGAAGCGUCAAUGGAAAGACAGUAUCUAAUAUGAUGGAAGCUGGCGCCCUGAAAGUAACCUGCUAUCUAGCGGGCUUCUUUCAGUGCAUUAAAGGAGAAGUGUUAGAUUCUGGGAAAUACGCUUAUUUGCUUUCUUGCCAAGAAUCUCACGAGAAGACUGAUACUGCUCUUACCACAGUACACUAAAUAUAAAGCUACAGCCAGCAGCCAGUUAGCUUAGCUUAGCAUCAAGACUGGAAGCAGGGGAAAAGAGCUAGCCUUGCUGUGUUCAAAGCUAAAACAAAAAAAAAACCAAGGUAAGUAAUAUAUUAUGUCUCCUUAGUCUUGUUUGUUGAAUCCAGACAAAUGAGAUAUAAUGUGUUAAUUAGGGUUAAUUAGUCUUCAUUAAAGAAACAAAGAAAAGAGCACAUCUUAUGUUUCAUAUUAAGCUUAACAGGUGCUUUUAGGUGGAUUUUAUUUCCUUUGGACAGAGCCAGGCUUUGUUGUUUCACCCUGCAUUCAGUGUUUUUGCUAAGCUAAGCUAAUCGACUCCGUGCUUCACGGACCGACACGUGAGUGGUACUGGGCUCUGAAUGUAGCUACCAGCAAGAGAGCAAAUACCGUGCGUUUCCCAAAAACGAUUCCUUUAAGGGUAUCUUAACCCCAGGCUGGUUUCCAGGUUCCGACCGCUCUGGAACACAACACUUUGUCCGCCCCGUCAGUACUUGAUGUCAAUACAGUGAUAUGACAGCUGAAUGGAAUCCAGCCCUCAUUCAUUAUUUACACCUGUGCUUUUCCUGCUGUGACAUGACAAAAUGUCUUCAGUUAAAAGGGCCUAUUAUAAUAUAGCACAUGAAUACAAUUUUAGAUCAGGGCAGUAGCCACUUUUUCUUUAAAUGUAACACCUCUACAUUUAACUAGCCUCAGUUUACUUGUAGGCUUAAUAAGAUUCAAGAAAUUUAACAGUGUUUCCACCAUUGAAACAUUAUUCUAGUUUCUAGGGAAUGCAAACUAUCUUGCCACAAAAAAUUGUUCAUAAUAUGUCAAAAUUGUUUUAAUGUUACUUAAUCUUACAACUGAAACUGUAACAAUACUUGUGGAAGGAAAAAGACGUGCCAGACUUCUGCAACCCUUGAUUUUAAUAACUGAUCUAAUUAUGUAUUAAUCACAGCUGGAUUUUGGAUUUUUUUUAGCUUAUUAUACUUUUGAUCUUUAUACAAUGUAUAAUAUGUGCCGCUCUGUCGCUGUAAAAAUCUAUGUGAUUCUAACAGUUUUACAUCUCAGGUCUGUGGUUUGAAAUCAUACACGUGAAGCUGUCUUGAUUAUUCAAAUCAGGUUUGGAUUAAACCUGAUCACGUUAUCUCUGUUUAAGCUUAAUGAACAAAAAGUCCAGGUUAUUUUAGCCUAGUUAUACAGUACCCCGGAGAGUUAUGUGGACAACUGAUUAGUAUUGCUGUAGAAGUGCUGUGCCACUUCAGUAGCAAUACUUCAAAGGAAAAUUAAAUGUUCGUGAAAACGCAUGCAUUGAGAGAUUUGUUGUUGACACCGGCAUGAAGUAACUUGCCACAAUAUCAUUUCUAAGUUAAGCCAGUAACGCAAUCAAACAUCAGUCUAACAGUCCAGUAUUUAACAAUGCUUUUGUGAGCCUGCCAUGGUGUAGUGUUAGAUAGCAUUCAUUUUUCUUCAUACAAAUGGAGUGGAGAAAAUGUUACAUACACCUAACGCAGUCCAUUAGAUGUUUGAAAGGGAUGUUAGCGCCAUGCAGACACCUCCAUAAACAUCUGAAAACAAGCUUGUCACCACUACCAGAUAACAGAGACAGUGUGUAUCAGCCUUUAUUAAUCAUGGAGAAUAGUGGAGGUUUAACCAGCUGAGAAAAAAUCCCUGUGUCUUGUCAGUAUGUCAGUGCCCUACCAGAGGAAGGCUGUAAUAGACAAAAUUGAGCUGAAAGAGAAAAAAUUAAAAAUGUGAGGAAAAACAGCUGAUCUUUCAUCUUUUUGAUAGUGGAAAACAAGUGGAAAAUGGGACAUAAAUAAAUUAUUAAAGGAAGUGUAAGAAAAAGAGGAAGAGUGAGGAGUUUUCAAAGAAGAAUUAAAAAAUUCUAUUUCUGUUUUUACAAUUCUAAAGAGCGGGUGAAAUAAUUUUCCAAAUACACUUUCACAAUCAGUGAACAAGAACAGAGUCUGCAUCCAUGCUAGCGGUACUAUGAGGCUGUAGCUUUAGCUAAAUGCUAACGUCAGCAUGCUAAGAUCCUCUCACUGACAGUGCUAACAUGCCGGUACAUUGUCAGGUAUAUUGUCUACCAUGUUCUCCAUCCAAGUUUAGCAUGCUAGCGUGCUAACAUUUGCCGAUCAGCACAAACGGCAUCUGGAAAAUGCUGAGAUAUUUCUCAGGAUAAGUGAAAACUGUCACCUGCUGGUGGCACUAUGGGAAAGUUCAGGGUUCAUCAGAGCCAGUAGUCCUCACCCGCAGGAAAUGACAAGGUGAAAAAUAUAUGAAACUUAGUAGAGGUUACAGGUGCAGCAUAGUUUUUUUUUUUGUUUUUUUUUUGGUUAUAUCAUUAUUGAUGCAGCUUGUGCUUUUGUCACCCAAACUUCAACCAGUGCUUCACUGAGGAAGUGAUUUAUCUUUUCAAAACAGGCAGAUACAUCCUGUGAAAAUGCAAAGAUAUUCCUUCCCAAGACUGACAGAGAAAACAAACAAACCCCAAAAACAAUAGGCUGGCACAAAUGGAUAGGGAGUUUGAAAAUGACUUUUCUUCCAGCAACUCACAGAGACAUGUCUUGCGUAAGAUCUAUCAGCCGGCUUUGUUUACUUUCCGAGUUCCCUCUUCAGUGGGAAGAAGCUUUAGAUGAGGCUUGCUGUAUUAAGGGGAGAUGCCUAGUUGCAUAAGUAACAGUCAGGUGCAACAGUGAGGCUGUCAAGCUGGGAUACACAUCUUGGAAGUUUGGACUAGUUUACUCAGAGUUUAGUGUUCAGGCCAGAAAAGACGGGUCCGAAAGAGCCGGUGUCUGUGCAUGACCAGAGAUUUUACUCCCAUCAUGUUAUGAAUUGUUGCAUUUAUGUCGUCAUGGUCACUUUAGCCACAGAUCUGGGGUUGUCACAUUCUGUAUUUCCCAUGGAUAAAACUCAUCAUGCGGGGUAAAGGGAAAAUCCAUCUGAAAAUGACAAAAUGGGGUCAGUGGUAGGUAAGGCAGUAUCAGUGUAUCUACCUGGAGAAGGCUCAGUAGACCAGCAUGCAUUGCCACCAACAAGGCACGUUGAGUUUUAAUUAAGGAACUGGGAGCAUUUUUCCACAUAUGUGUAAAAAGCACACGCUGUGUGCAAAAACAAUCACACGUCUCCUCACACGAUCCCAUGGUUGUCCAAAGGCAGACAACCUAGUUACUAACAACGUAAAUGGACCCUGGGGUGGAAGGUCCUUCUCAUAGAACGUUUAAAGCCACUGACACUCUGUCAUAACAUUUCAAUGAUGCUCCUUUUGCACACUUUUCCUGGUGGAAUAGAUGUUGCUAGAUAUUUGUUGAUUUCCAAAUAUCCAAAUAUGUUGAUAUGCCAAUGUUGUGCCAAGGAUCAAUAUACUGUAAUCUGUACUUUUUGAACCUGUUAGCGGUUUUUAAUGUUGUAAGUGGGCCUUGUGGAGCUAAUUAUAAUUACUUUAUGUACUGUUUUGUAAUUUAUUCAAUA